GGCGGCGAUGGUUCGGUUAACAGCUCGCAUUGGAUUAUCGGGCAGCAACCACAACAGUUUCCAUUCAACACUCACGCGGUGGAGACAGCGAGUGGCAUUUGUGUUUGCCGUCGAGGAAGCACAACUCGCCGGAAAUUAACCAUACCCGCUCUGGCCAGUACUUGUAACAGAAACUAGUGUCGUUUUUUCAGCAUCUUCUUCUAGUAGUUGACCACUCUUUCACCCACCCACUGGAGUGAGCCGAGUCGUAGUAGUGUGGAAAGCGGUUUUCAUUUUUUUGUUCAUUGCUACCAGUGACUGUGAAUUGAUUUAUUUUGUGCGUAUCAGUCUGCACGUUUUUUUUUGUGAAAAGCUAACUGCUUUCAGUCUGUUGUAAUGUUUUCUUUUCUUUUUGAAUUGCCAUUAAAGUUGUGUGAUGAUCUUAUUACAUAUUUUAGAGAUUAGGUAUUUUUCCUUGAACGUGCAUAAUUGAAGCGAAGUUGUGAGGAACGAAUAGUGUGAAGUGAAGUGCUUUUCUUUGAUAAAUUGUUCGGAUUCGGUGAAGGCAUGAACGCUUCAAACCGUUUGGAGAAAAUUUUCCGGUUGAUUUUCAAUGCUUCGAAAGUGAUAAUAUUGCGUUAUUCAUGUGUAUGCUGAUCUGUGUCUAUUUUUCCCUAGCAGAGUUCAUCCUUGGAGAAAAUGAAAUGUUGAUGAAGUUUUAUUAAAAUAUAAAUAAGCGAAGAAUGUUUAGAAACGGUUUGAUACAAAAGCAUGUCAGAGAAGUGUUCGAUUUGUAAUUGGAUGUUGUUUAAUUGAUGAGCAAAGCUGGUGUCGUGAUCGCUUUGCUAAGCAGAAAAUUGACCAACAUCAAUCGAUAGAAACGAGAAGAUUGUUUCAAAAGACGUUGGACGCCGUGAAUGUUUGUGUUUCGCGACAAGCUGCAUUUCGUCAAAGAUCUGAAAACGAUACGGCAAAAUUUUGUAGAAAUAAAAAGGCAAUAUUAGCCGAUUUAUAACGACGAAUGAAACACCCAACCGCAAAGUUUAUGGGCAUACUAAACGCAUGGUAACGAACAGAUUCACAAUAAUAGCCGACAGAAAUGUGUAAACCGUUCAGUAUCACUUGACAAACUGAAUAAGUAAACAAGUUUUAGUCAACACUCCAAAGCCGAAUAUUUCGCGGACCGGACCUGCGUGAAUCACAUCGAGCUAAGCGUUGAAUCCGUCGAACCAGGAAACGAGAACGUGUUAAAAACGCGAGAAAACCGAACCAUUCGGAUCAAAAUGCCAGCAUACACGGGAUUUGAUACUUAUGCGUCCUCUCGACGAACCGCCGAAUCGAUUUACUACUCGGCCAAGGAAUUUGAUUCCGCCGACGAUUCCGAUUGUAUGCGAUCACCACAAGCACAUUUCUCCAGGCGAACGAGCCUGGUCGAUCCAAUGGGACCGACAGAUGCAAUUUUCAGUCGGCGUUACGUCGAUCCCUGGGACAUGGAAAACUACGUCUACAUCAGGAAACAAGUAAUCGAUCCAUCACUGGAGUCGGAUGUUGCUCCCUCGCCGGCCGGUGUUCCAAUCCAAUCAAAGUUUUACUAUGUACCGGGAGAUUUGGAAAGCUGUCGCGAGUGCAGUGCCGAAAUUGUCAGUCCUGUCAAGGAAGAUUUAAUCGAUGAUGAUUUGGGCGAUGACGAUGAUGGCGAUCCGGAACAGGAUGCAGCCGACGAUAUCGAUGAUGAUGAUGAACUGGAAGCCGACGAAUUGGAUGAGGAUGAUGACGGAUUUUAUACUGAGCGAUACGACACGGUGAUGGAGGAGGAUAGCAUUGGAGGAGAUGACCGUGUUUAUAGCUCCUAUACUGAUCUGGAAACUUCCUCAACAGAACACCCGAGCUCAUGCGAUAGUCCGAUGUCUGCUCUACGUCUGCACACACCUGGUUUCGGCAAAAGCGCGACCAACCGACGUCCAAUCGUUCUGCCCAAACCGCUACCCCAACUUGAAUUUCCAGGCCCGCCAUCGUACGACUACUAUGAACCCAGCUGCUGCUACAUGCCGCUACCGCCGCCUAUUCCACCUCACCAUAUGUCUCUGCUGGAAUCGCCAGGCGCCCCAGCAAGUAUCAGUGGCGGAGGGAACUACUAUACGGUGAACGAUUGCUUUGAGUGUGCCCGCCAAGAGGUGGAACAUGUGCCACUGUACGCCACCAGUCGUCAAAGUCCAAUGCGUAGGCGCUCCCGCAGCGUAAGCGUUGUCAGUAUGAGUAUGGGCAGACGACCCAGUCAAAUAAGCAUUGCUCCAACGUUGAUAGCAGCACCACCGGUUCCGGUGGAUCCGUCAACGGCGGUUUCGAUAGCGGCUACCAAUGCUAAUGUAUGUUACACUCCGCAACAUUUCAGUCUUAGCAAGAAGGGUCUGCUGCAGAUCGAUUACUCAUGCAACUGGGACAACCUGGAUCGGUACAUUGCGAAAUAAGGAUUCAUAAUUGUAAUCGCUCAAAUUUAGAAACCAUGCUCAAUUUAUUUAGUAAUAAAAUAAACAUGAGGCAGGUACCGGUACUCACACGAUUAUCUAGACAUAUAAGUAUGUUAUAUUUUUUUUCGAAAAAGCAAUUUGUAAAUAA